GGCAAAAUUGUUGGUAAACCGCGCCGAGUGAAAAAUCGAAAAAUUCUCGUAACCUGCUUCCUGCAUCUGGAGGCCAGGAACACGACGAGAUCAUCUAGGAGUCUAGUGAUCAAAGCUCACGCUUUAUUAAACUCAUAAUUAAACAAAUUCAAUACAAAGUAUAUUAUAUACACAUUCAACACAACUUUACGAAAAAAAAAAAAAAAAAAAUAGGUUGAUCAAAUAGUGUGUAUUUCUUUUGCGAAACUUGUGUAAUAUUUUCAAAUUAUAAUGGAAGACGAAAGUGAACAAGACAAUGUGAUUGAAGAUGAUUACUAUUCAUUUUUGAAUAUCCCAAGAAAUGCUAGCGAUGAGGACAUCAGCAGUGCUUAUCGUAGGCUCAGCAAAUUGUACCAUCCUGAUAAACAUCCAAAUUCUAAUAAUAAGAAAGAGGCUGAGGUUUUAUUUAAUCGUACAAGAAAAGCUUACGAAGUAUUGAGUGAUCCUCACAAACGGGCAAUUUACGAUUCACUGGGAAUUAAGGGAUUAGAAACUGAAGGAUGGGAAAUAAUUCAACGGACAAAAACACCUCAGGAGAUUCGCGAAGAAUAUGAACGUUUAGCAAGAUUGGAGGAGGAAUGUCGUCUACAGCAGCGAACAAGACCAAGGGGCAGCAUCACUGUCAAUAUUAAUGCCAGCGAUGUUUUUAAUUCUUACGAUGAGAGUUACGGAAGUGGAAGUUUAUUUUCGUCAGUUCAAGUGAGUGGAAUGACAUUUACUCAGUCCAUUGAAGCUCCACUUACGACAAAAGAUACUUUAAUAAUGUAUGGUGAACUUGGUGUACAUAAUGGAAAUGGUUCAGGAACAAUAAAUGUUUCUGCAAAACGAUUAGUUUCAGAGAAGGGAUGGGUGGAAAUUGAUGUAGGAGCUGGAAAUGGUCUCAAUGUUGCUUUAAAAGGAUUUCGAACACUUAGCAAGAGAAUAUUUUGUAAUGGAGAAAUUUUAACUGGAUUUACUUCGGAUUUAGCAAAAUUUGGUUUGGCCGGUUCGCUUGCUAUGCAAUUGGAUAAAUAUACAAUUGGAUAUCUCACAUAUAAAAUGCAUGCCCAAACUGGUAUGUCAACAAUAAUUGAAAGAAACACACCUAAUUCAUACACAGCUUUUACGAUUCAUUUUGGACUAUUAAAUUCGUAUAUAAAUUUAAGUUACACACAUAAAAUGCCCGAGCGACAACUUCAAUUGAAAAGUACCGGAAGGGUCGGAACUUUUGGUGGUUUUAUCGAAUAUGGAGCGGAGAAAAAGGUAUCGAGUUAUACUACCCUCGCGACUGCUGUAAGAGUUGGAGUACCAACGGGAGUAUCACUUCGCGUUCGAUUGAGUCGAGGAUCACAAAAUUAUUCAUUUCCAAUACAUUUGUGCGAUGAAAUUCUUCCAGCGCCUGUUUUUUACGCAACUGUUGCACCGCUAAUCACAUGGACGAUUGUCAAGAAAUUUGUCAUUGAUCCUAUAUUAAAGGAGCAAAAAGAACGUAACAAGGAAAAACAGAGAAAAUUAAACAAAUCAGUAAUGUUGGAAAAGCAAAAAGAAGCGAAAGCCGCUGUUGAAUUAAUGAAAGCGACAUUCUCAAGGAUUCGAGCUGAGGAGGAAUAUAAACGUGGAUUGGUAAUAACAAAAGCAUUGUACGGAAGGUUUGUUUAUCCUCAGGAUAGAAAUUUAGAGGAAGAAGCAACAAUUGGACAACGAGAUGAAGUUAUCGAUGUAACUAUACCGUUACAGUGUUUAGUUAGCGAUUCAAGAUUAGUUCUUCAUCAAGUCACAAAGAGUCAACUGCCUGGAUUUUACGAUCCAUGUGUGGGAGAAGAAAAACAAUUGCUUGUACAAUAUCUAUUUCACGCUCAAAGUCACGAAUGUGUUAUAAAAGACGAGGACUCUUUAAGGAUACCAAAACAAUCACAUCGAGUAAAUACUACAUGACGCAAGCAAACUCUACGCAAAUUUAAAAAACGAGGCUUUUGUUUCAAUUGAUAAAAUCGUCGGAUCAAGUCUCGUACGUUGACGUUCCCUUCCCCUCCAAAAAAAAAACUAUUCAUUUUAUGUGUUAUUAAAAAAUCGGUAUAUUACUGAUUUUUCUUAUUUUUUUUACUUUUCUUGACUAUCCGUUUCUCCUUUGAACAAUAAUCAGUAAAUUGUGACGAUUUUUUUUUCAACUUAUAUGAAAAUUGCUUGUCAUGAAGAGAUAAUUUUACUAAAGUUGAUAGAUAAAUGUAAUGCAAUAAUGUCAUUUUAUUAGUUUCACUUUGCAUAGAAGUGUGGCAAUAAUGUAAAAUAAAUGUUGGGAGAUCGAAAGUCUUCCAACUAACCGUAAGUAGUAAAUAUUGCAAAUUGCCUUAAUUCAAAAUUAGUUAGUAAAAGCCCCUUUUUUAAAAAAGAGACUUGAGCCUUUCAAAAAAUAAUAAAACACAAUUUAAAAUUUCACCUCAGUAUAUUGUCACAAGACGGGUAGAAAUAUAUGAAAAAAAAAAAAAAUUACGAGUAGGCGAAAAUGUUAACAGUAGACUGAAAAUAUUAAUCAGUGUUCAGAUUUAAAAAAUUCAAUUCCGCCGAUAAGAAAUAAUUACAAACAUUUACUAAUUUAAAGUAAUAAAUUUAUUAAAUCAAUAAAUGGAUUACUUAUUUAAAUUAGUAAAUUUUGUUUACUACAAUACUGUAAGAAAAUAGUAAUGAAUUUAAAAAAAAAAAAAAAAAAAAACGAAAA